CCGAAGAUCAGUAUCCCUCCUGCUAUCAUGGCUUACACUGGGUCUACGCGGAACGUGGAUAUGAGCAGGUAUGCGUCCUAUCUACUUUUGUGAUUCCCAGUCCCGGAGGAGGGGGAGCAUUUGAGCUGACACUGAGCCUAGAUCCGAAUCUGACCUUGUGAUAAACAUUAAGAAAGCUACCAACAUAGGUUCACUAUCCCCAUCUGCCCGCUAUGAAUAAUUGGAGACGAAUCAAUCCCCUCCACUCAUCCCUCGCCCUGAUUCGAAGUUGCGCUGACAGUGUGGGGUAACCAUUAGAGGAAACUGCUCCCAAACGUGGGUAUUUCAAACAAUAGACUAUAGCCCUCGAGCUUAUGGCUUCUUCGGGGAGGGAUUUGACGAGCUAAACGGGGUUUUUAGGAAAACAUGUCCGCUCUUGCAUUGUUUACACAUGGGAUCACAAAUCGUCGCAAUCUUUCUGGGCUGGCAUGAAAGUGUAAGUUAACCAAUAACCCCCGCAGUCGUGCCCCGACCUUCUCGGGCUGCUUGGCCUGUGCGCACACUGAAUGAGAUUCUGUUCCAGGCAGCCCAUCAUGGCGGAUGAGGUCCAGACGUUCAAGGCGUUGAUAAGUAUCCACAAAGUUCUCCAGGAAGGUCACCCUGUGACGAUUCGUGAGGCUCAUGCACAUACUGGCUGGCUGGAGUCUUUGACCCGAGGGGUGGCCGGGGAGGGGCUACGGGGUACGCGCUCCGGUAGGCUCAUGUAUUAAGUUAGGCUUUGCUGAUGGAAUUAGGAUACGGCCCUUUGAUUCGGGAAUAUAUUUAUUUCUUGUUGGCAAAACUGGCCUUCCAUAGGCAUCACCCGGAAUUCAAUGGGGUGUUUGACUAUGAGGAAUAUAUUAGCUUAAAAAGCAUUAACGAUCCGAACGAGGGGUACGAGACUAUCACCGAUCUCAUGACAUUGCAGGACCAGAUCGAUACUUUCCAAAAGCUCGUCUUCUCCCACUUCCGCCAUGGUGUCAACAACGAGUGCCGUAUCUCCUGCCUUGUGCCUCUCGUCCAGGAGAGCUAUGGGAUCUACAAGUUCAUCACCAGCAUGUUGAGGGCGAUGCAUCAGAGUGAGUUUUGGUGGGCCCACAAGGUUGGAUGUCUAUCUCACAAGUUGAUAGGUACCGGCGACGAUGAAGCGCUUGCUCCCCUACGUGACCGCUACGAUGGGCAACACCACCGUCUUGUGCGCUUUUACUUCGAGUGCUCGAAUCUUCGCUAUUUGACGAGCUUAAUCACCGUCCCAAAGCUUCCCCAGGACCCCCCCAAUCUACUCAGCGAGGAAGAUGCGCCCCCGGCGCUCCCUCGCCGACCAACAAACGAGAUCCCUCCACCUCCCGAACCUGUCCCCAGCCCACCCGCAAUUUCCCAGCCCGAGCCCGAGCCAAUUUCCGACUUUUGGUCUCAAGAGCAACUGCAACAACAGCGGGCAUAUGAAGAGGAGCAACGCCGGCUGCAGGAGCAGAGGGAGGCGGAGAUGCGGCAGCAGGAAAUGAUUGCAAUGCAAAACCAGAGGGCCUACGAAGAAAUGCAGAGGCAGCAACAAGAGCAACAGAGACUAGCGCACGAGCAGCUGCUUAGGGAUCAGAUGGCGCGGCAAGCACAGGGUCAGGCUGCUGAAUUGGAGCGCCAAUUGUUGGAAUACCAGGGCCAAUUGGCUAACAAUGUAUUACUACUGGAGUCGUAUGACCAGAAAGUGAAAGCUCUCGAGACAGAGUUGAUGAACCUCAAUCUGAACUCUCAGCAGCAGCAGCAGUCUAAAGACGAUCUCAUCAAGUCGCUGCAAGACCAGGUCGCUAUGUGGAAAAGCAAGUACGAGGCUUUGGCCAAAUUGUACUCGCAGCUCCGACAUGAGCAUCUUGAGCUAUUGGGCAAGUAUAAACAGAUGCAACUCAAGGCUAAUUCUGCACAAGAGGCUAUUGAGAGGCGGGAAAAGUUGGAGCGCGAAAUGAAGUCCAAGAAUUUAGAGCUGGCUGACAUGAUUCGCGAGAGAGAUCGCGCUUUGUACGAUUUGGACCGAGUCAAGGGGGUAUAUGCUUCCACGAAAUGCCCCGCUCGACCUUUUUGCUAACGUAUUGUAGGCUCAGAAAGAGGAGGUGGAAAAGGUGAAGCGGGAACUCCGAUUCGCGCAAGAAAGGGCGGACAAUAAUGAAAGAUCUAAGGGGUCCGAGCUCUCUUCCCUCUUGACACGGCAUAACCGUGAAAUGGCGGACUUGGAGGAUGUACUGCGUGGGAAGCAGCGCAUGAUUGAUGAGCUCACCUCUCGGAACGAUGACAAGCGUAGUGAUAUGGAGCAAUUGCUCAGGGCCAAGGAGGAGGAGCUUGAGAUAUUCAAGGCCGGCAUGGACCAGACUCUGUUGGAACUCAGCGAGAUGCGACACAACAACACUGAAACCGAUCACGUACUUGAGGCUCAGAUUGAUGAGCUGCUCCUCGACCAGCUCAAGAAACUGACAGAGAUUAUUGGUAAGGCCUCCGUUGGACAUUCUUUUGCCUUGCUAACAUCACAUCUCAGACUCUGUGCUUCAGAGUGGUGUUCAGCGUAUCGAUGAUGCCCUCUAUGAGCUAGAAUCUCCCAUGAAUGCCGGUAAUCAGAAUGCAUCGCCCGGAUAUUUACUUUCGCAGAUUGAGAAGGCCCAGAUGAGCGCUACCGAGUUUGCCACCUCGUUCAACCACUUUAUCGCGGAUGGGCCCAAUAGCACACAGUCCCAGAUCAUCAAGACGCUUCAUGUGUUUGCAGGUGCCAUCGCGGAUGUGCUUGCGAAUGCCAAGGGUGUUACGCGCUUUGCUCCAGAUGAGAAGAGAAGCGAAGCCAUCCUGUCAUCCGCACGACAGUCUGCGGGAACCGCUGUGAAAUUCUUCCAGAACCUCAUGUCUUUCCGAUUAGAUGAUUUGAGUGUCGAUCGCAAAACCGAUAUUGUCGUUUCAAGCAAUCUUGAGGUCCAGAAACAUUUGCAGAAAUUGAACAAGCUUGCCGAACAAUUUCUGGCCAAGGGUGGUUCCGAUCUAUCAAAGGCGAGUGGGGAUCUUGGAGAUGUUGUCGAUGCUGAGAUGAGUAAGGCGGCUGCGGCAAUCGAGGCUGCUACAGCUCGUCUAGCGCAGCUUAUGAAGAAGACCAAGAGCCCGGGCUAUUCAACCUUUGAAAUGCGUAUUCACGAUUCAAUUUUAGACGCCGCUAUCGCGGUCACCAAUGCUAUCGCUCAAUUGAUCAAGGCCGCCACGGUCUCGCAGCAAGAGAUUGUGGCACAAGGGAAAGGCAGCAGUUCCCGUACUGCAUUUUACAAGCGUAACAACCGCUGGACAGAGGGGCUGAUCUCGGCGGCCAAGGCUGUCGCCAUGUCCACGAACAUGUUGAUUGAGACCGCCGACGGUGUUAUAAGUGGUCAUAAAAAGCUUGAACAGCUGUAAGCUUCCGUUCGACAUCCUCAAGCCUGAUUUGUACUAACAAUGGUAGGAUCGUCGUUGCCAACGAUGUUGCGGCAUCCACCGCACAGCUUGUUGCUGCCUCGCGUGUCAAGGCGUCAUUCAUGUCCAAGUCACAAGAGCGUCUCGAGGCCGCGUCGAAGGCUGUCACAAGCGCGUGCAAAUCCCUCGUCCGACAAGUUCAGGACAUCAUCUCUGCUAAAAAUCGCGAAGAGAAUGAGGAUGUUGACUACUCCAAACUAACCUCACAUGAGUUCAAAGUCCAGGAAAUGGAGCAACAGGUAACCCCUCCUCUCACUUUCUUUUUUCUCUUGUAUGCAUGAAUACUUAUUUCCCAAAGGUCGAGAUCCUCCAACUAGAAACCCAAUUGCAACAAGCACGCCAGAGGCUAGGAGAAAUGAGAAAGCACUCGUAUGCGCAGGAUCAGGAUUAGUUUGUUUUGGGCUUUUUUUUCUCUUUUCCUUAUUGUCUGUGUGAGGGGGAGGGGAGCUAGAACUUUGUAUCGAUCUUCGUUUUUUUCCUUCUUGUGACCCGCACAGCUGGUCGGAUAGUUUGGCAUUCUUUUGCCCCCCCCCGCCCCCCCCCGCCCCCCCUCUUCUUUAUUUCUUUCUUUCAAGCUUCCAAGUCUUUGGCCGUUAAUCUGUAGCUCUCAAAUUAUGUCUGUAAUAUGGCACCGAAAAUAUAGGAUGGUUUAUAGGCUG